GACUUCUCCCAUAGGUGUGACAUCAGUUGUAGGUGGUUUCUGGUGAUGCUCCGCCCACUGUGGGGUCCCCCCUCCAGCUGAUUUGCUGAUGAGAGUCCCUCGGUUUGUAGAGCGGCUUCCAUUUGGGGUGCUUGGCGGUUUCCUGCCUCUAAACUCACGAGGACUCAGGCUCAGGGGAGUUCCGGAGGUGAAGUCUACACCUACUCUGCUGGCACCAUGGUGGAGUCCCCCUUGAGAGAAUGGAAAAUCCAAGUAUCUGGCAUCAGUGUGAAAGAAGUCUUCCAACACAUUGAAGCCCAUGACUCCCAUGUGGGGAAGGUUGUCAGCCUUGGGGAGAGAUAUCCCAGGCUCCGCCCCCUCCAGGUUAAUCGGGAGGAGAAUGAUACAAUACCUUAUUCUGGCACUUUACUUGAGCGGGCGGAGGUCACCGAGUCCUCAGACCGAUAUUCCCCAUCCAAGGUCCAGGACCUGUUUGUUCCUGAUGGCAGCGGGUUUGUCCCCAAGACUGUGGUGUUGGUGGGACCUCCUGGAAUAGGGAAGACUCUGACCACAUGGAAGAUCAUGCUGGACUGGGCCUCUGGAAGCCUCUACGCCGACCGCUUUAGUUUUCUGUUUUACUUGAACAGCAAAAAAAAUAAAUAAGAUUAAUGGCAAUAUCGAUAUUGAAGGACUUGUGGCCAAAAGCUGCUCCAAGCUGCAGUGCCCAGAGAAUAUGAUCAAGUCGGCUUUCAAUGAUCCUUCCAAGGUUCUGAUCGUUCUUGAUGGGUUUGAUGAGCUGAGGUGGACCAUGGAAGAUGACGAUGAGGACUGUGAUGACCCUUUCCAACAGACCCACAAAGACACCUUCCUAAGAUGCCUAUUGAGGAAAUCUAUCCUUCCUGAAACCUCUCUGCUCAUC